AUGUAUCUUUGGAAUCAGCUUGUGCUGGCGGUGCUUUCGUCGGUGCUGCCGACGACCUUUGGACAAAAUGUUUUGGAUCUGAGUGGUGAUGGAUGGACCGUCAGAAGUAAUGCGCUGAAUAUUAGCGUCCCCGGCAAUGUCCCCUCACAGGUGCAUUUGGACCUUCUGGCUGCGAAUGUUAUCGGUGACUAUUAUGGUUUGAAUGACUUCAACUUGCGUUGGGUCGCAGAGAGCAAUUGGACCUAUAUAAGUAAACCAAUCGAUGGCCUGCUGAGCACCUCCAAGUCCUCCUGGCUUGUCUUUAAUGGACUUGACACCUUCACAACAAUCGAAUUCUGCGGUCAGUUUAUAGGAACUACAGAAAAUCAGUUCCGGCAGUACACUUUUGACAUUUCCAAUGCGCUGAAAAACUGCAAAGGCUCUCCAACCGUCUCUCUUGAGUUUGGAAGUGCCACGAAGAUCGCAAAUGAAAUCGCUGCUGAUCCGAAAUCACAAAAAUGGCCUACCGGUGUUCAAGGAACUUUUGAAUUCCCCAACCGCUGGUUUAUUCGCAAAGAACAGUCUGACUUUGGGUGGGAUUGGGGUCCAGCGUUCUCGCCCGCUGGGCCAUGGCAGAAUGUUUACCUGGUGCAGUCAGAAGGCGAGGAAGAUGUAUAUGUUCUAAACACAGGCUUUGACAUUUACCGAAAGAACCAGAUCAAUCACCUUGCCCCCGAUCAGAGUCAGCCCUGGGUUGUGAAUGCAAGCGUUGACUAUCUCGGCUCUCUACCUAGACACCCGUCUAUGUUUAUCGAGAUCAAGGAGUUCGAGUCAGGCAAAGUAUUGAAGUCUGGAUCGCUCGACCAUGUUGUUGUAUCUGGACAAAUCAUCUCCGGUACCAUCACAGUUGAUGCAGAUGCACCCAACCUCUGGUGGCCCUUGGGCAUGGGCAAGCAAAGUCUGUACAAUGUCACAGUCACAAUACAGAACGAAGACAAGGACCUCCUCGCCAGCGUAACCAAACGCACUGGCUUCCGUACUAUUUUCCUCAACCGAUCCAACAUCACCGAUGAGCAGCUGGCUCAGGGUAUCGCGCCUGGUGCGAAUUGGCAUUUCGAGGUGAAUGGCCAUGAGUUCUACGCCAAGGGCUCGAACCUAAUUCCACCAGAUGCAUUCUGGCCACGAGUCACCGAGGCCAAGAUGCAGCGACUCUUUGAUGCAGUUGUUGCUGGAAAUCAGAAUAUGCUCCGAGUCUGGUCUUCGAACGCAUAUCUUCCGGGUUUCAUAUACGAUCUUGCUGAUGAACGCGGAGUAUUGUUGUGGAGCGAGUUCCAAUUCAGUGAUGCCCUGUAUCCCACGGACCAACCGUUCCUUGACAAUGUUGCUGCUGAAGUUGUCUAUAAUGUAAGACGGGUCAAUCAUCAUCCAUCGUUGGCUUUGUGGGCGGGUGGAAAUGAGAUUGAAAGUUUGGAGCUAUCACUCGCUAGGCAACACGAUCCUGCAUCCUACCCGCGCUUGGUUGGCGAUUACGAACAUCUGUUCAUCUCUCUCAUUCUCCCGUUGGUCUAUGAGAACUCAAGAUCGAUUUCAUACAUGCCUAGUAGCAAUAACAACGGCUACCUGAGCGUUAAUCUGUCUGCUCCAGUCCCGAUGGUUGAGCGCUACGAUAACGGCACAGAAGAAAAAGGACACUACUACGGUGAUAGCGACUACUACAACUACAACAGCGGUGUAGCAUUCGACUUCACCGGCUACCCAGUCAAUCGCUUCGCCAACGAAUUCGGCUACCACAGCAUGCCGAGUCUGCAAACAUGGCAGCAAGCCGUAGAUGACGAAGACCUCCACUUCAACAGCAGCACCAUCAUGCUCCGAAACCAUCACUACCCAGCAAACGGCCCAGACACGCACAACUACAAGAACUCAUCUCUGGGAAUGGCCGAAAUGACCAUAGCAGUGGAGAGAUACUACCCGAUCCCCAACAAGCAAGACUCCGUCGCUCAUUUCAGUGCCUGGUGCCACGCCACUCAGCUCUUCCAAGCAGACAUGUACAAGUCCCAAAUCCAGUUCUAUCGCCGUGGAAGCGGAAUGCCAGAACGCCAGCUCGGAGCCCUGUACUGGCAACUAGAAGAUAUCUGGCAGGCUCCGACGUGGGCUGGGAUUGAGUAUGACGGUCGCUGGAAGGUCCUUCACUAUGUCGCGCGUGAUAUCUUCAAGCCUGUCAUCGUCUCACCAUUCUGGAACUAUACCACCGGCGAUCUGUCUAUCUAUGUGACAUCGGACCUCUGGGAGACGGCCCGCGGAAUUGUGAAGCUUACCUGGACAGAUAUUUCUGGCAAGCCGAUCCCAGGGAAUGCGGGUACACCCUUGACCAAACAUUUCUCUGUUGGAGCACUUAAUACUACUAAUAUCUACGAAACAAAUGUGGCAAAGCUCUCUCUACAUGAUAUUAAGGAUGCCGUCCUUGUCAUCGAUCUCACUGCUCACGGCCGUUUCCCGAACGCCGAAAGCAAAACCUUGACUACAUUCACACACCGAAACCAGUUCACGCCCGUCUUCCCUAAAGACCUGGCACUGAAAGACCCGAACCUCAAGCUGUCCCAUGAUGCUAAAGCUGGCACUUUCACCGUCGAGGCUCGGAGUGCUGUAUCGCUGUACACAUGGCUUGACUACCCCGCUGGUGUGGUGGGAUAUUUCGAGGAUAACUCGUUCUCUUUGGUUCCUGGUGAGAAACGGACUCUUCGGUUUGUUGUGCAGAAGGAUGAGACAGAUGGGAAGUGGGCGGAUGGUGUUACUGUGGGCAGUUUGUGGGAUCAGACUACCAGAACUUGA